CGGUGGCCGGCGGGAGACAACAGGCCCAGGGAACGGAGGAAAGCGUUUGGCGUGUGGGAAGCAGCUGCUGGUGUGCGCGGGAGGGGGAGAGCGGGCUCUGGGGACAUGGCUGCGGCCUGUGCGGCGUCGGUGCUCCUGGUGGCGGCGGAGAAGAACCGGUGGCAGCGUCUCCCGGGCCUUUAUAGGAGGUGGGUGUGGAGGCAAAGAACCAUGAAGUAUGCGACAACCACAGGAAGAAACAUUACCAAGGUCCUCAUUGCAAACAGAGGAGAAAUUGCCUGUAGGGUGAUACGGACAGCCAAAAAAAUGGGUGUACAGUCUGUGGCGGUGUAUAGUGAGGCCGACAGAAACUCUAUGCAUGUAGAUAUGGCAGACGAAGCAUAUUCCAUCGGCCCUGCUCCCUCCCAGCAGAGCUACCUUGCUAUGGUGAAAAUCAUUCAGGUGGCCAAGAUCUCCGCAGCACAGGCUAUCCAUCCAGGGUAUGGUUUUCUUUCAGAAAACAUGGAAUUUGCUGAACUUUGUAAGCAAGAAGGAAUUAUUUUUAUAGGGCCUCCUUCAUCUGCAAUUAGAGACAUGGGUAUAAAGAGCACAUCUAAAUCCAUAAUGACUGCUGCUGGAGUGCCUGUUGUGGAAGGUUAUCAUGGUGAGGACCAAUCAGACCAAUGCCUGAAGGAACACGCUGGGAGAAUCGGUUAUCCUGUCAUGAUUAAAGCUGUCCGGGGUGGAGGAGGAAAAGGCAUGAGGAUUGUUCAAGCAGAAAACGAAUUUCAAGAACGGUUAGAGUCAGCACGGAGAGAAGCUAAGAAGUCUUUCAAUGACGAUGCUAUGCUGAUUGAGAAGUUUGUGGACACACCAAGGCAUGUGGAAGUCCAGGUGUUUGGUGAUCACCAUGGCAAUGCUGUGUACCUGUUUGAAAGAGAUUGUAGUGUGCAGAGGCGACAUCAGAAGAUCAUUGAGGAGGCCCCAGCGCCUGGUAUUACACCUGAAAUAAGAAAAAAGCUUGGAGAAGCUGCAGUUAGAGCCGCUAAAGCUGUAAAUUAUGUUGGAGCAGGGACUGUGGAGUUUAUUAUGGACUCAAAGCACAACUUUUACUUCAUGGAGAUGAAUACAAGGCUACAAGUGGAACAUCCUGUGACCGAGAUGAUCACAGGAACGGACUUGGUGGAGUGGCAACUGAGGGUUGCAGCAGGAGAGAAGAUUCCUUUGAGCCAGGAAGAAAUAACUCUGCAGGGCCAUGCCUUUGAAGCGAGAAUAUAUGCAGAAGAUCCUAACAAUAACUUUAUGCCGGGGGCUGGACCAUUAGUGCACCUCUCCACCCCACCAGCAGACCUUUGUACUAGGAUUGAAACUGGAGUACGGCAAGGAGAUGAAGUUUCAGUACAUUAUGACCCCAUGAUUGCGAAACUGGUCGUGUGGGCUGCAGAUCGUCAGGCAGCAUUGACAAAACUGAGGUACAGCCUUCAUCAGUACAAUAUUGUUGGGCUGCACACGAACAUUGACUUUUUACUCAACCUGUCUGGCCACCCAGAGUUUGAAGCUGGGCACGUGCACACUGGUUUCAUCCCUCAACACCACAAAGAGCUGUUGCCCAGUCGGAAGGCUGCAGCCAGAGAGUUUUUAUGCCAGGCAGCUCUGGGCCUCAUCCUCAAGGAGAAAGCUAUGACCGAUGGUUUCACACUUCAGACACAUGAUCAGUUCUCCCCAUUUACAUCUAGCAGUGGAAGAAGACUGAAUAUGGCUUAUACCAGAAACAUGACUCUUAGAGAUGGUAAAAAAGAUGUAGCCAUAGCUGUAACAUAUAAUCGUGAUGGGUCUUACAGCAUGCAGAUUGAUGAGAAAACUUUCCAAGUUCUUGGUGAUAUGUACAGUGAGGGAGACUGCACUUACCUGAAAUGUUCUAUUAAUGGAGUUGCUAGUAGAGCUAAGCUAAUUAUCCUGGAAAACACUGUUUACCUAUUUUCCAUGGAAGGAAAUGUUGAGAUUGACAUUCCAGUCCCCAAAUACCUAUCUUCUGUGAGCUCAGAAGGCACUCAAGGAGGUACCUUAGCGCCUAUGACUGGAACCAUUGAAAAGGUAUUUGUCAAAGCUGGAGACAAAGUGAAAGCUGGGGAUUCUCUGAUGGUUAUGAUCGCCAUGAAGAUGGAACAUACCAUAAAGGCUCCAAAGGAUGGCACAAUCAAGAAAGUGUUCUAUGAAGAAGGUUCUCAGGCCAACCGACAUACUCCUUUAGUUGAGUUUGGGGAGGAAGAAUCUGACAAAAGGGAAUCAGAAUAACUCCAGCAAAGAAAUGGCCAGUUAAGCAGUAUCAAUUUAUUUCUGUGCCAAAAAGAAGUGCCUUCUGCUUUUCUUGGGUUCUUAUAAACAGUUUUACUAUGAUUAUAUAAUUGUGCUAAAACACUUUCAUAUUUGAGAAUUAUGUAUUUGGGUCACAAAUAUAAUAAAUUGUCUCAAAAUAUUUAAUACUAAUAAAAUCAAAUUAUGCUUUUUUUAUUGGAAA